AUGCAACAGCAGGUCCUUGAACUUGCUCAUGACGCCAAUGGACACAUGGAUGCGUCACGCACCCUCACAAAGGUCAAAGACCGUUAUUGGUGGCCGAAGAUGACGGCUACUACGAAAGAGUAUGUCGAAGGCUGUCAAGUUUGCCAAGCGCACAACCGACCCACCACGCGAUCAGUUGGCACAAUGUGUUUCAUGCCCACUACAGAGAUCCCCUUCAGUGCAAUAGCCCUUGAUCACAUCACAAUGCCAGGAACAGAAGAGAAGUACAUACUCAACGUCAUCGACUUCGCAACCAGAUACAUCGUCCCAGCAGCAGUGCCUACAACUUCAACAAAAGAUGUGCCGAAACAUUUGCAUUCACUGUUCUACAGAUUCGGAGCCUGUGAUGACUGUCUCUCCGACCAUGCCAAGUCAUUCGAGUCCCACCAGUUCAGGAGCUUCAUGCGCAUGCAUGGUGUGAACAUGCACUUCUCAGUAGCAUACCGUGCUGCCAGCAAUGGACUUGUUGAACGUGCCAACGGGACGCUUGUGACAGUACUUCGGAAACUGUGUGACGGUGAUCAGUCACUCUGGGUCGCUAAACUGGAAGAGGCCGCCUUUGCUCACUACCAGACCUGCGAAGCGAAGCAGUCAGUAACUCUGAACAAGCUCAGGAAACACGGAAGACGAUAUAUGACAGGACCCACCGCGAUGCAUCUUAUGACAUCGGUGACUUUGUAUGGAUACGGCAUCGCGAACGACACGAUGAACUCACCCCUGCUUCUGAUACAGGUCCUGUCACUCGCCGUCGGCCUUGCUGACUCAUGCCAAAACCACCAGCCGUUCAAGAUAUCGGACCUACGGACGGGCCAUCCGGGCCAAACACCCACUCCAUCGCGGAUCUGGCCAAAAGUGGAGCAAGUCAACCUUUGCGGUUGGCAACCUGGAUCUUCGCCACAACGCAACAAAGACUCUGUGCGCGCCCUACAUAACCACCCAGUUCACGCCUACCCGACGGGGCACGACAUCGCGAACGACACGAUGAACUCACCCCUGCUUCUGAUACAGGUUAGUUACCUCGAUCGAGCGUAUGCCUAUAGAAGUAGUGAUUAUUGUUUAAUCGCAAUGUCGUGCCCCUACGACUUGAAAUGGCGCAGUUGUAUGCUCUUGUGCUGUGAAAUGUGCGCCAAUGUGUUCCUAUCACAAAUUCUUCUACUCUUGUCCGGAGAUGUUGAAGCGAACCCCGGGCCUACUUUAGAAGAUAUUUUAGCCAUCGUUCAACGUAUCGAACAGGGACAAUCAAAUAUACUCGCCGAAAUAAAGUCUGUAAAAGAGCGGCAGUCAGCAGCAGAUAAGGCCAUAGAAGAGCUCCAGGCUAGACUUGCUGCAUUAGAAAAUAACAAGGCGGACCCAGUCAGUGUUGAACCGGCCCUAGUCCCAAAAGCACUUACAACCGAAAUCGCAGCCCUUCAGGCCUCUAGCGAAGAUGCCAGCAACCGACUGCGCAGAAACAACUUGCUCUUCAUGGGGAUUGAUGAUUCACCAGAAGAAACUUGGAAACAAUCCGAAACAAGGUUGAUAGCAUUUUGCACAAGGCAGCUAGGUUUCAGCCUUGAUGCAAAUAACAUUGAACGGGCACACCGCUUGGGCAAGUUCGCAACGAACAAAAACCGUCCAAUAAUUGUUCAGCUGAGUCGAUUCAAGGACAAGGAAUUGAUCAUGGCAUGCGGGCCGAAACUAAAGGGAACCAACUUCGCAAUUCGUGAAGACUUCUCGGCGGCAACGAGAGUAGCACGCAGCAAACUUCUUCAGUUCGCCAAGCUAAAGAAAUGUCCCUUCAAACUACGGCUCGAUAGGCUCUAUGUAGGCAACGUAUGCUAUAUAUACGACGCCAACUCGGAUUUAGUGAUCGAAUCGCGGAGCUAACUAUGCAAUACCCGGAAAAACUGCACCGCCUCCGCAAUAAAACAUAAACCUGAAAAGCGA